CUGUCCGCAGCCGUGUAUUACCACGGUGGCAAUUUCGUGGUUGGCCACAAAGACCUCAUUCAGCCGGCGUAUGUCAACAAGCUCCUGGAGCUAGGAUUUGGAGCUGUGGUUUCUCCUGAUUACAGGCUGUCCCCUACAAUCUCAGCGUUUGAAGGUCCAGUCACUGAUGCCAGGGAUGCUUAUGCUUGGUCCCAGGCGGAACUUCCUGCGAAGCUCGCCCAGGAUGUCGGUGUGAAACUGGAUGCUGAUCGCAUCGCCACAUGGGGACACUCUGCUGGAGGAACACUUGCUAUGCUUGUUGCAUCUGCGCCAAAGCCUCCCCGCGCAAUCCUCAACUUGUUCGGCAUGCUGUAUUUCCAGGAUGAGUCCUACCACAGCCCGUUGAAGAUGCCCCCAGUGAAGAUCCCAGACGCGGAAUUCAGAGACCAGGUCUACAAGGACGUGCCUCCGCCCACCUCGGCGCCGCCACCUUUUGGACCCAAGGGGCCUGACAUGUCCACGGCUCGCGGUGCCUGGCUUUUCAGCCACAUGGCUGACGGGACUUUUCUAAAGAAUGUUCAGCCAGACGGGGAUUACAACAAGAUAGACCCUGCUAGCUUGUUCGUGUCUUCUUUUCCGCCUACCUUCUUCGGACAUGGCUCGGCUGAUAUGGCUGUCAAUGUUAAGCUGACUGAGAAAGCACACCAAGCCCUACAGGAGCUGGGUGUUGACUCCAAGCUUGAAAUUGUUGAAGGAGCCGGCCACGGCUUCGAUAUGGGCAAGAAGCCUGGAGACAAGGCGUAUGAUACUGUAAUUGAAGGGCUGCAGUUUCUGCGAGAUCACGUCUAA